AUGCGUGGCUUGGCAGUGAUCAUCCCAGCGCUGUUAGCCAGCACCAACUUGGUGGCAGCAAGCAGCGACUAUAGUGUCUUCACACCCAAGAAGCUCGCGCUAGGAACCGAACCAACAAUGAGCUCCAAAGCGUAUAUCAACCGCUUCACGCUCACAACAGAAAAUCCCGUCGCAACUCUCGACUACGACUACGAGGUGGCCGGCCUACCGUACUUCGUAGUGUCCUCCGUCUACAAUGGGCCUGUAGACAUCGAAGUCAAGUAUUCGGAGCAGUUCUCGGUGCUUUCAACCAACUUCUCCGAUGGACCCUCGCAAUAUGCCACCGCUGUCGCAAACUCACGCCGCGUGGAGACUCACCGCGUGGAGACUCACCGCUUCACAGAGAAUGAAAUUGGAGUGACGGUGACGUCCAUGCUAAGUCAACCUGGUCAACGUUGGCAAACGUUGCAUUUGCUAAGUGGUAACUCCAUCACGUUCGAGGCUGUUGGUCUUCAAGCUUCAAUUGAAGUGAUUGACGAUCUGUCAAUGCUUCCGGGCAAGUUUUCGUGUUCCAACACCAAGUAUAACGAGAUUUGGCAACUCGGUGCACGCGCUGUAAGUGCUGCUUGUCUGGACGCCGGAAGCCAAAUACCGUCUUGGAAUGUGUCUGAAGAGAACGGCGCAUUAGUGCCUGGAACACGACCAGGAGUGUCUUAUAAAGCGUGGAAUCUGAGUGACUACACACUCGAGUUUGAGACGCAGAUCAUCCGCGGAGGCGUCGGGUUUUACAUUGGCUACGACAUUACGGCAAACCGAGGAUCGCUCAUGUUCCACUUGUCAUCGGAAUAUCCCGCUGACUCGACUUACGUGAACACGAACUCCACAUUAUUUCCAGCCAACACGCUGACCCUUACGUACGGCUUCGACUUUGUCAACGCCACAGAUAUGAUAAGUUAUGUCCUGGGUACUUCUGACCUGCCUUUCAACGUGAAGGAACAUGUCUGGUAUCCAGUGAAAAUUGCAGUCAAUUCCACGGCAGGCAACUUGGUGGUGUGGCUGGAUAACCAGCCAGUUAUGGACAUCACGAUCUCCGACUUGGGCUUCAAUGAAUCUCAACUGUCGCUUCUAGGUUACUCGACGACUGGCAAAGGUGCCAUCGGCUUUGGUGGCUGGCAGGACCAGGCGUCCUUUGUACGGAAUGUCAAAGCCACAAGUCUGAAUGACUCGUCGAAGACGCUCUACUCGAACCCGAUGACGGACGAAAGUGUCGUACUACCAGAGUUCGGCGUGCAGUCCAACACGUACGCCGCGUGUCUGGAUGGUGCAAAACGUGAUCGAUACAUUUGGUUGGGCGACUUCUACCAUACCACUCGCAUCAUGGGCGUGGCCAACUCGAAACCUGAACAGAUCACGGGUACUUGGGAAUAUCUUUUUGAUUACCAGGCUUCAAAUGGGCAAUUUCCAGGCCUGAUGGUCAUGACGUACGAGACGCCGAUGCCCACGCCCGAAGUCUUUACGUUCAACGCUGGCACGAGUGAUGCAUACUUGAAUUUCCCAGACUACGACAUUUUGGGGCUGAUCGGAUUUGUGUCAUACAUGGAGUACUACGACGAUGUGGAAUUCGCGAAAGCUAACUGGGUAUCGUUUCGCAAAGCUACUGAUUGGCUUGUAAGCCGCCAGGGCAGUGACGGGCUUAUCGAUGUCACAAAAUAUGUGGCGGUGUUCUUAGGCUCAGGCACUGGCACGGCUGUGAACGCUGCUGCCGUCCAGUGUCUCGAAGGUAUGGCCAAGGUGGCAACUGCGGUGGGAGACGAAGACUCUGCUAACCAGUGGGUCGAAGUCGCUUCCAGUAUCAAAACUGCUAUCAACGGUCUGCUCUGGAACGAAGCGUUCGGCAACUAUGCUGUGGAUGCAUCGACACCCGAGGUCUAUGGAGUCUCGGCCAUCGCUUUCGCGAUAACUUCUGGAGUGGCAAAUGAAACUCAAGCUGAUCUCUGUGUGAAGACCUUGGAAAAGCUUCGUCGAGGCCCCGGAUACCUUGAUACAAGUGCUACGGAUAACAGUACCAAGAUCUCGCCAAACACGAACGGGUUCCUGUUGGAUGCUAUGCUACAAACUGGACACACAGGUGAAGCUGCGUUCUUGCUGGACAACCUGUGGGACGCCAUGAUCUCGAACGAGAAUUAUCGGUCUGGUGCGAGUUGGGAGUACGUUUCGCAGUCACUGGAACCUGGAAUCAAGGAGUUCACGUCGUUAAACCAUCCGUGGGGUGGAGCGCCUACGUAUGUAUUGACCAACUAUGUUGCUGGUAUUCGCCCUGUGGAGUUUGGAUUUCGUCGGUGGAUCGUGAAUCCGCUGGUGACGGGACUGAAUAUCACGAGCGCUAAUGCCACCGUAAGUUCCCCGUACGGCGCUCUGACGGCCGCUUGGGAGAAGACCGCUAGCAAUGUCCUGAGUGUGACGAUCACUGCGCCGACAGGAACUGAGGGUGUGUUCGAGGUGGUGCAACUCAAUUCGAGCUCUUUCCAGCAGACUUUGAACGGUACAGGCGAACCGAUUUCGUUCAGCGUUCAGCUUUAA